CACAUAUUUAGUGUAAUAUGCCAAUGAUUCCUAUAGAGAAAGGCUAAGGGAAAAAAAUAUUGUAUUGAAUCUUUUUAUUUGCUAAGCCUUUUUAUGAUUAUCAUUAAUAUGGCUACUGUUAUUUUAGGAUAUGCACCACCACAAGCAGCAGUUCCUACUCCACCUGUUCAAAUGGUCCAGCCCCCGUAUCCUGCACAGCAGGUUCAGAUAGCUCCAGUUAGCUCUGUUUUUCCAAACAGACUACCAGUUGGCAGGCGUCCAUUAAAAACAACCUGUACUGGAUGCAAUAUGUUUAUUAGCACUAAAACUACAUCCAAGAAUAAUUGUAAUCCCACGUUUUGGUGUAUAGUUCUUUUUGUGACUGGGUUUGUGUGUUUUUCCUGCUGCCCUUACUUCUUCUGUAAUGAUCCAUAUCAAGUUGACCAUUUCUGCCCCAGGUGCAAUGCGUAUUUGGGAACCUACCACAGUCCCUCAUAAAUUUCUGCAGAUCUUUUCAGAAGAUAUUUAAGUCAAGAUAUGAUUUUAUUGAAUAUCUGUCAGAUUUGUUUUACUUAAAUUUUGAUAAAAAAAGUCCUUAAAAUAAGGAUCUGAAUGUUGUGUAUGGUGGUGGUUUGUUAAAAUGUUAAUGAUUCAUUCAGUGAAAUUGCUUUGGCUAUAAUAUUUGUUAACUGAAAUCCAUACAUUGUCAUGGAACUUAAAAGAUUUUUAACAUUGUAUCCAUUAUAAAUGCAUGUAAGUAUUUAUAUCUACUUAAAAAUGGAUAAAUUAAUUUAUUCAUUAAAUUCAGUAGAAGUAAAAGAUUCAUUAAAGGAUCAAUUUAUUUCCAAAAUAAACAUUGUUAAUGUUUUUAUUUUAUAUUAGUUGUAUUGAUGGUU